GAGAAAAGAAACACACACACAGGAUACUUGUAUCCGUAACAUUGUGCCAUUGGUCACAGUAGGGCGUGGAUCAGAAAACCAGUCAGAAUCUGGUGUGACCAACAUUUCCAUCAUACAGCGUGACAUCUCCUUCACAUAGAGUUGAUCAGGCUGUUGAUUCAGGUCUGUGGAAUGUUGUCCCACUCCUCUUCAAUGGCUGUGCAAAGUAGCUGGAUAUUGACACGAACUGGAACACGCUGUCGUACACGUAGAUCCAGAGCAUCCCAAAUAUGCUCAAUGGGUGACAUGCCUGAGGAGAUGAAAGACUACUUUGGGCAGUUUGGUCAAGUCAUGAAAUGCCUUGUUCCCUUUGACAAAGAGACAGGCUUCCACAGAGGCUUCUGCUGGAUCGGCUACACGUCCGAGGAAGGCCUGAAUAAUGCUCUCCAGAAAGACCCACAUGUACUGGAGGGAUCCACGCUUCAAGUUCAAAGAAACAGAAAAGUGUUUUUGGGACAGAAAACAAACAAAGAGGUGGUGGAGACAAGCUGAGGAUGUUUGUAUAUAUGAGGGGUGAAUUCAAUACCUAUGGAAGCAGAACUAGGCCACCCAACAGUAUUCAUUUCCCCCCCCCCUUCUUCAUAGUAGUAUGUCUUCAUAUAUUUAUUGUAAUUUAUCAAAAUAAAGAGACACAAUGUUUGUUUUGCAUGGA